AUGGAUGUUCGAAAGCAAACUGCCUAUAUGGCUCUCCACGAUCAAGAAAGGUUCAUAGAUUCUCCUCAUUCAGAUGAACCUAAAAUAGUACGAACUUCAUCACCACUAAAGAGCUGGCGACGACUGUUCCUGUUGUUGAUUGUUGGCAUACUAGCCAUUAUUGUGUCUUUUACGAUCUAUCGAUUCUAUGCUGGCCGAAGGCAUAUUGAUCAAUGCGGCACCACAGCUACAGAAGCACGAGCAAAGGGCUGUCAUUUUGAGAUGACUGGUUUUUCGUGGCUACCAAAAGAAUGUUUGGAUCUGACAGUCGAGGCCGAGUUUCUGGAACUCGAUCUUCAUUACUACCGAGAUUUGAAUUAUACUCAAGAAGCCCCCCUUGAAGAAGUGAGGAGAGGCGACGGUCACGGUUACUUUGUCAAACAAGAUUAUCAUCGGGCACAUUGCGCUUUUCUGUUCAAGAAGCUGCAUAAAGCUAUCAGUAGUGGAAACAAGGUUGAUGGCCUUAUAUCAUCUGUUCACCACACUAGCCACUGCGUCCAUAUGUUACUCGCUUCACCGAAUUUUCGCUCAGAUGUUGCACAGGUCGCUUUUACCAAAUGGCCAUAUUGUGGAAAGAAUGGAGGCUAUAACGUGGAAUGGGCAAAACAAGGGGAAUGGACAGAUUGA